AAGCAUAAAAAGAAAACAAAAAAAAAAAAAAAAAAGUAUAAAAUGGCUGAUGAAACUAUUAUAUUAAUUUUAUUGGUAAUUGUAAUGCUAGUUGGAUCCUAUCUAGCUGGAAGCAUACCUCUCGUUAUGAAAUUAAGUGAGGAAAAGCUAAAAUUCGUCACAGUACUGGGUGCUGGUUUGUUAGUUGGCACAGCGCUGACAGUGAUUAUACCAGAAGGCAUUCGAUCUUUAUAUAUGGACAGCCGUCGACCUAAGGCUACAGCAUCAGUAGUAGCAGAAAGACUUGAUGAUAUUGCCAAACUUGAUGAAGCUAGCUUUUAUGAGACGCAUCGAACACACGAUUAUUCGCGUACAAUUGGAUUAUCCCUGGUGUUGGGCUUUGUUUUUAUGAUGCUCGUCGAUCAAGUUUCUCAACGUAAAAGCAGCAAAGGCAGUGAAAAUGAAAGGAAUAUUACAGCAACUCUUGGAUUAGUAGUGCAUGCUGCAGCUGAUGGGGUCGCGUUAGGUGCUGCGGCAACGACCAGUCACCAAGAUGUUGAAAUAAUUGUUUUUGUAGCCAUAAUGCUGCAUAAGGCGCCAGCUGCAUUUGGUUUGGUUAGCUUUCUGUUGCAUGACAAAGUGGAACGAAAGCAAAUACGGAAGCAUCUGGGCAUAUUUUCAUUGUCGGCUCCACUGCUAACGCUACUCACUUAUUUUGGCAUUGGGCAGGAGCAAAAGGAGACGCUAAAUUCGGUGAAUGCCACUGGUAUCGCGAUGCUCUUCUCUGCUGGCACAUUUUUGUAUGUGGCGACCGUGCAUGUAUUGCCAGAAUUGAUGCAGGGCGGACACAGCAGCAAUCAUCAUCGUAAGGCCCAAUACGAAUACCAUAUGCUAGAAGAAUCGCGAGAACCAGCCAUUCCUAGCGAGCUGCUCAGUAGCAACAAAGGCCUGCGCUACAGCGAGUUAAUUAUCAUGAUUUUCGGGACCUUGCUGCCACUGGUUAUCACUUUCGGCCAUCAGCAUUAGCGUUUGCUUCAACAUUAGUUGAUGGCAAACUUUAUUAUAGCUUAAGUAGACUUAUGGCCCAUUUAUAAGACAUAGAUGUAGGGUAAUUGUACAGGCUACUGUUAACUGAAUAUCAAAUAUGAAGUUAUAACAAUGUUCAUAUAAAGCAUUAAUAAGACGAUCUCCACAAUUUGAAUACAUCCGUUUCAUAUGAGAAGCGUGCUACGAAUCUGACGACCACAGAUAAUACCAGGAGUACAAGUUUCAUUAGGCUUCAAUUAGGCACACCCAGCUUUCGAUUUUGUAAUAAAUACUCCAAUUUUAUUUAAUUCUACCGGAUGUUUCUGACAUGGCAGCAGGUGUGAGUAGGACCUUUAUUGAUGCAGCUUCAAUGUGUACUAUAUUUGAAUGUGUAGAUACAUUGGCAUAAAUAAACAUAACUAAUG